AAAAAGAAUAAAUUCAUUACUUUUGCCUACUGUAACAAAUUCGAAAUGUCUGCUGAGUUUGGCAUUCAAGAUAACAAACACAAUAAUUUGAUGAUGCAAAAGCUUGAUGAUAUGAGGAAAGAAAAGCGACUUUCUGAUUUUACAAUCAAAGUUGGAAAUGAAGAAUUUCCAGUUCAUAAGAAUGUAAUGUCAGCCGGUUCCGAUUAUUUUGAUGCGAUGUUGUCUCAUGAGAAUCUGGAAAGCAACACAGGAAUUGUUGAUAUGAAGGAAGUCGAUGUUUAUUCUGUGAAAGUUUGCAUUGAUUACAUUUACACUGGAAAUGCUUUAUUUACUUUGGAGAAAUGUGAACAACUACUCCAUGUUGCGAAUAUAUUGCAAUUGUCAAGAUUUUGUGAAAUGAUCGCAGAAUUUCUCCAAGCAAAUUUAGGUUCUAAAUCUUUCUUCAUCAUCCGACAACUCGCAAUAAAGUUAAAUUUGAAAGGUUUAGAAGAAUCAUGUGAUGAAUAUGCUGUCGGCCAUCUUGGAUCAAUAGCAAAAGAAGAGGAAUUCAACAAACUUGAUAAAGAAUAUGUCGUGUUUUUGAUCACCUGUAAGUGGUCAUUAUAUUCAGAGAAUUCAAAACUAAAAGUUCUUUUACAAUGGAUCAAAGCUGAUACCGAGUCCCGAGCAGAGUAUUUUAUAGAAACUGUUGAGAAGCUCCAAAUUGAUGAAAUUUCAACUAGUUAUGGAUGCCAUUUGGUCAGAAAUGAUUCUUUUUGCUCAAAGUCUGCAGAAUUCAUGAAGUUAUUAUACUUGGCUAAUAGAUCAAAUGUUAAGGAUGAAAAAGUAACUGUUCCUUUGUUCACCCCGUUAUCAGAUGAUGGUUUAUUACUAUUUGAUGAAAAAUCUGAAUCUGUGCAAGUGUACUGCCCAGUAGAAGAAACAUUCAAUAAGUUGAAACAACUCAAUGAAAACAUGGUGAUUGAUAAAUACAUCGCAGUUUAUUUGAGGAAAUUUGUUUUUGUUCUUUUCCCACAUAGAAAGGUUUAUCGUGUCAAUUUAGGGGAAGCCGAUUCAAGUUGGACUGAGACGGAGAGUAUGAUGAAUGAUCACGGACAAUAUAUCAGAGCUGCCGUUCAUAACAACUUCGUUUAUGUUUGUGGGAAUAACACAAUGGAGAGAUACAAUAACAAUGAAAACAAGUGGGAGAAUGUUGAGUGUUCUAGUAUCGAAGCUAAUGAAAGUGCAUUAGUUACAUUUAGAGAUGAGAUUUAUGUCAUUGGAGGAAUUAAUAGAGAUGAAAGAGUUGAUAAAUAUUCUCCACCUGUAGGAUCUUGGUCAUCUGUGAAACCAAUGAAUGUUGCCAGACGAAUUCAUGCUGCAGCCGUAUAUGAUGAUCGAAUCUAUGUUGCUGGUGGGUAUUGGGAGACCGUUCUAUCAAGUACUGAAUUCUUCAAUCCAGAUGAUAAUACUUGGACAAAUCUUGCUUCAAUGACAAUUCCAAGAGUUGAAUUCAGUCUUUGUAUUGUUAACAAAAACCUAUUUGUCGUUGGAAAUUUUUCUGAACCUCAUUCUAUUGAAAAGUACGAUCUUAAUAAAAAUCAGUGGGAGAAAGUGACUGAUUUGACUGAUAUGAAGAUUAGGUCUGCUGCUUCGAUUGCAGUAAGAAUCCCACAGUAUUGA